CCAGUUCAGCAGUGCAACUACAAAGAACAGGCCUCAGGUCUGAGGGAAUAGAGAUAAAAUCAACCAGAGUAAUUUAGUGCGAUAAGCAGCAAUUUUCUCGAAUGUUCGAGGAAGUUAACUCGUUAGUCUCUAAUCAAACGAUAUAUAUACUCGGAAACAGUCAUAUAUCGACUUUAGUAGUCGGCGCGCAUGUUACUUUGACGCGUUCCUCGAGUGUCACUCUUUCACUUCGUCAAUCGAACGAGCGUCCUGCUAGGUCUACAAAGUUUUUUUCAGGUUGACAGAAAUCAGCACAGUUUACUUCUUUAAAAAUGGCCGAUUCCGAUGAUAUGGUUGUAGAACAGUCUCUGACUGAUAGAUUGGUAGAGAAGAGCAAAAAAUCACCCUUUCUUAUGGCAGGUUUAGCAAGUUUAACAGGUAUUUGCGCUUAUGGUGCUUAUAACUUUAAGAAGAGACAAAUAAGCACUCAAUUGUAUUUGACACAACUGCGUGUUGUCGCACAAGGAACAGCGGUAGCCUUCUUGACUCUUGGCAUGGUUUAUCAUAUGAUAAGAAAGCACGUAUUACAUGAUGAAAAAGAACCUUAAUGCUGAAUACAAUCUGCUCUUGUAGUCAAUUUUUUCUUCAAAAUCAAAGCAAAGUCAAAAUAAACCCUAGCUUUAUGUGAAGAAAUUGUUUGCGGAAACACAUAUAUGUAAUUUAUCUUAUUACAGACUACAGUUGAUUAUUGA